UGGUGAGUGAGGGAGAGCAGCGGUCCGGGUGCCAAGCGCCCACAGUCAGGGUCCUCCCGUAUUUACCUCUGUCAAACCAUCCUUCUCGCCGUAUAUAUCCUGCUUGUUCCUCUCAUGCGUGACAAUGAUGAGUGCGAAAGAAUAGUACAAAAUGGUGUUGAAACGCUAAGCUCCGUCUGAGAGACAUCAUGUGAGGAAGAUAAGGUCUGGAAACUCCUGUGCAGCCUUCUGUGAAGGAGUAUUGUCGUCUGCCGCUGUCAAGGCUGUCAGGUCUCGGGGGCUGUCAAGACGGUCAACAUGUCCGGCAAGACCAACCGUGCCAACCGCUUGGAGACAGAUAUAGAGAAGAGCAGAGAAGAGAGUAACUGGAAGAGAGUAAUUGAGCUCGCUGAGCAUCUCAAGGCCAGGAACCAGCCUGGCUUGGAAACCCUAGCCAAUUUUCUCAUUGGAGAAGGCAAGCUUGAGUCAUAUUUAGAGGAAAACCCUCCUACUGAAAGUAAUAUUUCUAAAGCCAAGAAUGGAUUGUCUGAAGCUCGAAGGUAUCUGCUUAUGUGCAUCGGAGAUCCUUCAAAGAAGGGAGAGCUGGAAGUGUCCCUGGAUGCUCUGCUGCUGCUCUCCAAGUUGGAGUACGCCAUGGGAGAUUAUGAAGGUGCUCUUGGUCGUCUCACCGCUGCUGGACUGGACCAGCUGACGGAGAAGGCUCUCCCUACCAGAUCGCUCAGGAUAGUAGCCGAGUCCUACGCUAUAAAGGGACUAUGCUCGGCGCCUCAACCCAGAAACAGUUUGAGUUCAGAGAAGGUUCCUCUCACAAACAACAGUAAGUAUCAACGAGCAGAGAAGGCAGAGAAAAUGAUCAAGUGUUUUGAAUUGGCCGGAGAUCUAACGCUGUUGUACCUGCAGGAGCAGGACAAACUUUCCUCCACACCAUCCACACAUUCCUUGCAAUCUUUGCCAGCAACCAGCACUACAGGUUCAACAUCACCCCUACCACCCAAUGGACUCGAGAACAAGAAGAUUGGAGUAAUUCUCGAAACAGCACUACAAAGAGCACCUAUUCUUCACAUGAAGGCUGGACAACUUGAUAAAGCUAUAAGUAGAUACAGGUCAGACACGAACUGUGUUAGGGCAUGCGAGGGUGUCAUUGGGUCUCAAUCGGUUUCUUCAUCGAAGAUUUAUUUGUAUGCCCUUUACAGUGAGGCUAUGGCAGUGAGGGAAGCAGUACUGAGCCAGUCACCAGAGUUCAAGAAUGCUCGGGUUCAUGCCUACGACAACGCUACUGCUGUUUAUGACCUUCUCUGUAUAUCACUUGCGAGAAGAAAACAAUUUAAAAUUUUGAUUGAGGUAUUUGAAAGAGCAAUGAAGUUCUCUCAUGAAGAAGGUCAUGUGUGGCAGCAGUUUGGCCUUGCCUUGGCUUGUGGUCGUAAGGAUAUACGUGCACUUCUGGUGAUGCAGGAGGUUCACCGCUUGUUACCUGCUGAGCCCCACUACUGUCUCCUGGCUGCCAGAAUAUGCUUCCAACAGCUUGGCAAGAUUGAGGAAGGCCUGGAAUGGGUAGACAAGGCUUUAAAGUCUUCAGAGGAGAGGAAUAGUGUACUUGCUGCACGUUGCCACCUCUACUGUGGUCUGGGGCUCACACUGAAUGCUUACCAAACUCAGCGCCAAGCCAGCUCCCAGACAUUAAGGACAAAGGCACUCGAAUCCUUCAUCAGGGCUCAACAGUUGGAUUCGAGUGACCACCUGGUAGAGUUUUACCUGGCCCUGCACUAUGCACACUGCUACCUUCUUAACGAGGCCACUCAGCACGUGAAGUUGGCCCUCUACCUUCGUUCAGCUCAUCCCCACUCUCUUCACCUGCUGAUUCUCCUUCUCUCAGCACAGAAGGACUAUGAGGAGGCACUAGAGCUAGUUGAGGCAUCCCUCGCAGAAUAUCCAGAGAACCUACAUCUUUUGUAUGUUCGUGCUACUCUAGAGGAGGCUGUGUACGGUGGAGAUGUCGCCCUGCUCACUGCACGUCAUAUGUUGACACUUUGGCAGAAGCUGUAUAAGGAACAAUUAAUAAGUGAUAUCAGUGAUGCUCAGUCUCAGCGGCAUGCCAACCAUGACACUUACAGCAUAUUCAAUAUGUCAGACAAAGAUACAGCCCCGACCCCUGCUGAAAGCACGGCUCCCUCCUCCAUGGGACUUGUCUUCUCCGAAGUGGUGUCCUUGAACCUUAGACUUCUCUCUCCUACAAUUCAAAUGGAAACUAAUCCUGAGAAACACGUGACAAAAUCCCAACUCACCCUUGACUCUCCCCCUCACCCCCCCACAGCUUCAGUACAUGCCGAGAGUGUAGCGGCUUCACGCGUGGAACAAGCUUUGUCCGAAGUGGCGUCCUCACUCUCAUCCUAUCAGCCAAAACCUGGUCCACAUCAAGCCUGGCUGCUUCAGAUACAAAUUUGGCUUCUUACAGCUCAGUUGUAUAUAAAAACAGAUCAACUGACUGAGGCAGCUAAUUGUCUACAAGAAGCUUCCUCUAUCUUCCCAAUGAGCCAUCAUAUCAUGUUCAUGAAAGGUCUACUGCACGAGAAGAAGAACGAGUUUCACGAAGCCCAGACAUGUUAUCAAAAUGCUCUGGCAAUCAAUCCUUACCACUUGAAGAGUCUUCGACACCUUGGCGUGGUGUACCACUACCUGGGCCGGGAGAGACUGGCGGAGAAGACGCUCAUGGACGCCAUCAGGGUCGACCCUCACGACCACCACUCUUGGGAGACGCUGGGAGAGGUGCUGGUGAGCCUGGGCCAGCUGGAGGCCUCCAGCAAGUGUCUACAGACCGCCAUAGACAUCGAGGCCAAGUCGCCCAUCCUCCCCUUCACCUCCAUUCCCUUCUGCUACGAGUAGGAUGGCACCCGGAGCCCCCAGGUCCCGCCCGGAGCCCCCAGGUCCCGCCCGGAGCCCGCAGGUCCCGCCCGGAGCCCCCAGGUCCCGCCCGGAGCCCGCAGGUCCCGCCCGGAGCCCCCAGGUCCCGCCCGGAGC